UAGAGCUGUUCAAUAGUGUUCAUAGUUAUGAACGUUUAAAUAGUGGAACCCCUGUCUCUCAGACCAAAACAGAAUUUCGGGAUCGGCCAAAACCUGUCCGACCUUUGAUUCUCUUCGAGCGCUUUUGUCACCAGGGCUUAGUCACUGUUUUACUCUGUAGAACAAAAACCCAAACCCAAACCCUUGUUCAUUCUCUUAGAGACUAAAACCAUGAAAAGAAUGCGUCAGAUUAGUGGCCCCGACCCAGUUGGGGGUUCUUCUCCUAGAAAGUGCAACCGCAUUGACAAUGAUCGCAUCAGUUCAUUGCCGGAUGAUAUCCUUCAUCACAUUAUCUCGUUUUUGAGUUUGAGGGAAGCUGUAAGCACGAGUGUUUUGUCUCACCGGUGGAAGAAUAUGUAUGCGUACAUGUCAAAUCUCGAAUUUGAUUGGUGUAAGAUGCUCGCAGCCAAAAGGGCAGCUAGACGGGUCUCCAAUCCAAAUAGGGGAGUCUAUUGCAGGAAGAACGUGCGUUUUUUGGUGAUAAGAAUAGAUAGAUUCCUAACCCGCCAUUUGGGCUCGAGGAUUGCCUCGUUCAAGGUUUGUUGCUGCCUUAAAGAUAAGUAUGCUCUUAAUAUCAAUGACUGGAUUGAUUGUGCUGUCAGAAAGGGUGUCGAAAAUCUUGACCUAGCCUUUACAUGUGAUGACAUAUCUGAACGAAUGGAUUGGCCAAGCAUGGGCUAUUAUGAGUUUCCUACUCGUCUCCUUGUAGAGGGUAAAGCAUCCAGAUUAAGGCAUAUUUCCUUGCGUUCAUGCAUGCUCGGGUUAGAUUUUCAGGAUCGAUUCAGCACACUCUCCACUCUUGUGUUGUGUGAUGUACAUUUUGUUGGACAAGCUAAUCCGCUCAUGUUUUGUUCUUGUUUGAAGCUUCAGUCUUUGACAUUGCAAUCGUGUUUUGGAUUAGAAAGGUUCAGCAUUUCACUCGAUUAUUUGAAGUCACUGGUAGUGAGAAAGUGCAUAGGUUUAAGAGGUAUUGAGCUUAGUGCCCCCAAUCUUACAACCUUUUAUUGUGAAGGCAAUGUGAUCAAGAUCUCAUGCAUAAAAGUUCCGAAUCUGGUGGAAGUUUAUGUUUCGCUAGGCGGAAUUAAUGUUAUACAUACUUUUGCUCAGCUUGAGAAAGAUCUUCCUAACGUCAAGUCUCUGACAGUGAACAAAAGAAAUAUACCUAUCUGAUAGUGAGCGAGCUAAGUUCAACAAGUGCUAAGAAGGAACACUCUGUAUGGUUGCCCCUUGUCUUUUCUCAUCUUAGGUGCAAGGGGUCGAUGAAAAUUCAACAAAGCUUACCAGUUAGACCUGGAGAUCCUAAAUCAGCCGCCUCCUAGAAGUUUUACCCCUGAUUCGGAAGCUGCAUUUAUACUUGAAUGUUCACUUCAUGGGUUAUUGUUGUUGUUGUAGUUGUAGAUUUCUGAUAUAAACUUCUGUUGCUCUGCAUCGUAUGAUGUUGUAAUUUAUUGUUUCUGUCUAAAUUAGUCUAAACUUCCAGAAAUCUUCCCACCCUAAUCUGUGAACCAGAAGUAUGAGAGGCAAAGAAAGCUAGUCUUACAGCUUCGAACAAGAAAGCCAGAGCUGAGCAUCUCUCUUGCUCGGUUUCAAUAGAUUGUAGGGAAUGUUUUCGUAUCUGUUAUCUAUCUACAUUGAAAAGCAGCUUUGUGUUAUAACUUGUAGUAACUGUGUUUGUGUUGUAAACUGAAGCUUUUCAGUCUCGGCUAUCAUGUAAUGGUGGAUUUCUGGCAUUCGGUAUCAAUACAUCUCUCAAAAUUAUAUA